AUGACAGUUGGGAUUUAUCUUUCAAAGAUGGAUGUGAAACAUGGCGGGCUGUUUCUAAUGAUUUUUGCUUUCUUCACAAGGCAUGCAUUAUCGCAGGAGUACUUUAGAAUGGGGGUGAACACCAACUCAGCGGAGGCAUCGCAGUUCCUCCGCGAGUAUGACAGAGAGGCUUCUGGAAUGUGCUACAGGGUAACAAUGUCCCAAUGGAAAUUCGUGACCAAUAUCACGGAGUACAAUCGGCGUCGGAUGCUGGAGGAACUGGCUCUCAGCUCCAAAUUUGAGAAGCUUUCCUGGAGGAAAGCAGCUGCGUUCGACUCCUCGAGGCUGUCAGACCCUGAGGGCAGACGGCAGCUGAUGAAGAUCGUGUUGUCCAGCAGGGCUGCGUUACCUGAUGAUAAGUUCUCUGAGCUCCAACAAUUAAUAUCGGAAAUGAAAGAAGUCUACAACUCGGCGAAAAUCUGUCCUUAUGGUCAGAAACCUUAUGAUCCUCAUAUACCAAGGAUCCCAUACAGCCAUGAGUACCAGGACCAGGGGUACCAACUUGCCAACGAACCAUACCAGCACUACCAACCCUAUACUGAAACUACAGAAACAAAUUACUGUGACAUGCAACUCGAUCCAGAGAUAUCCAGAAUUUUAGCUCAUUCGAGAAUUGAGAGUGAACUGCUGUAUGUAUGGAGGAGUUUCAGAGACCAGACUGGUCCGAAGUUGAGGAAUAGGUUCAUGAGAUAUGUGCAGUUGGCUAAUCAGGCUGCUGUUGCUACUGGAUACAGAGAUGCCGGAGACCAAAUGCGAGCAGCGUACGAGGAUCCCUCAUUCAGAGCCAGUGUGGAGGAGAUGUACAAUCAGAUACAACCUCUUUAUAAGCAGCUGUUUACGUAUGUGAGGAGGAGGCUGGUGCAGAGGUACGGGGAGACCAGCGUGAGAGCUGAUGGUCCUAUACCAGCUCAUCUGUUGGGUAACAUGUGGGCACAGAAUUGGAAGUCGAUCAUGGACCUGGUGAUGCCAUUCCCUCAGUCCCCCAACGUGGAUGUCACAGCUGAGAUGUUGAGGCAGGGGUUCACACCGCUCAGAAUGUUCCAAAUGGCAGAAGAGUUCUACACGUCAAUGGGUCUGAAGCCGGUGCCUCCAGAGUUCUGGCGCGGGUCCAUGCUGGUCCGGCCUCCACAACGCAGUGUCCAGUGCACCGCCAGCGCUUGGGAUCUUUGCAAUAGAAUAGAUUAUAGAAUAAAACAAUGCACAGAGGUGACGAUGCAGGACCUGGUAUCCACACACCAUGAGAUGGCACACAUACAGUACUACCUCCAGUACUCCGACCAGCCACAACUCUUCAGGGAUGGAGCUAAUCCAGCGUUCCACGAAGCUGUGGCUAACGCCGCGACACUGUCCGUAUACAAUCUACCUCAUCUGCAGAGAGUGGGGCUCUAUCAGAAUAAGAGCCAUGACUCAUACGAGGUGGGUAUGAACUUCCUCAUGACGAUGGCGUUGGAGAAGGUGGCUUACUUACCCUUCGCGUUCAUGGUGGAUCAGUGGCGCUGGUCUAUAUUUGAAGAUGGAGUUCAGAACAUGAAUACAAGAUGGUGGCAAAUGAAACUUCGAUAUCAGGGAGUAAUUCCACCAUUACCCAGACAUGAGAGUGAUUUUGAUCCUGGUUCCAAGUACCAUGUCAUCUCUGAUCAGGAGUACAUAAAAUACUUCCUGGCCACAAUCCUGGAGUUCCAGGUGUUUGAACAACUAUGUUCAGUGUCUGGUCACACAGGGCAUCUGUACGAGUGCGAUAUUUAUCGAAGCAGGGACGCUGGACGGGUGCUCAGUGAAAUCAUGCAAGUUGGUGCCUCAAAGCCGGCGUCGGAAGUCAUCAAAUCCAUGACCAGAGGAAAAACCAAUAAAAUAUCACCUGAAGCUCUCGUUAAGUACUUUCGUCCACUAGAAUUAUGGCUUCGAGUUCAGAAUCGAGACGAGCCCCUCAUAGGCUGGAGUUCUAAUUACCAUGACGUAGCCCUAUUUGCCCCCCAAAGGGGUGAAGCUUCAAUCAUUAAAAUGUCCUAUUUCAUUGUCCUGUUUAGCUUAAUACCAGCAUUUUUGUAA